UGCAGUUCCAGCUCAACACACCCUCGCAUACGAAGACAAAAAGAAAUUAGGAGGUGAAAAGAAUCUGCCCAGCUCUUCUCUUGCUCAGACUUUCUUUUCUCCUAGAAUUAAGCUCGAAGUCUCCUGACUAGUGAGUUACAACCUCAAGUUUUCUACUUCGUACUGUACAUUCUCGAGUACUUCUUAUCCCGUCAACUUUGGUGAAUGACAUCAUCGCCCAUCGGCCAUGGCGCGCAGCUCCAACCAGAACGAACAACAACCAUCCUCAGCGGCGACUACAGGAGCAAACGAACUCGGAGCAGCGCAUGUGCGCUUGCCCAAGCGACUGGUCGUCUCGUAUAUCCUUGACUGGAUACUUAUCAUUGGUAUCGCACUUAUUGGCUAUGGAUUCGGUCGCGUCUCUCCCAAUCAGAGGCCAUUUUCCCUCACGGAUCCAAGCAUCUCCUUCCCCCACAGAGACCAUGACACCGUAUCGGUCAGUGUGGUGGCGGUGGUCGCCUUAAUCGUCCCGGCCGUGAUCAUCGUCCUCGGGGCGCUGGUGCUCAUCCCCUUCGGCUCUGCGAUGACAGGCCACGAGACGACGAUAGUAACACGCGCAAAAUUGUGGCGGUACAAGCUAUGGGAGUGGAAUGCCGGAUGGCUGGGCCUGGGUAUAUCGCUUGCGGGGGCCUAUAUGGCGACCGAGGGGCUGAAGGAUCUUUUUGGGAAACCACGACCGGAUAUGCUCGCGCGAUGCGAUCCGGAUCUCUCGAAGAUCGGCACCUUCGCUGUCAGCGGCCUGGGAUCCAGACUCGAUGGAGCCCCUACACUGGUCACGUGGGAGAUCUGUCGAAAUCAAGCGCGCGAGUUGGCUGUUGAUGGCUUUUCGAGUUUCCCCAGUGGGCAUUCUUCUUUCGCAUUUGGCGGAUUGACGUAUCUCACUCUAUGGCUUUGUGCUAAACUGUCCAUCGGAUUUCCUUACCUCGCUCAUUCACCGCUUAGCCAGGAUUUGCAGAGACAGGAGCGUAGCACCAUUCGAAAGCAGGGAGCAGCCCCGCCGGUUUACCUGCUCAUCAUAGUCUUCGUGCCCAUAGCGGUGGCGUUCUUCAUAGCUGCCUCGCGGUGGUUUGACUACCGCCACCAUGGAUUCGAUAUCAUUUUUGGAUCAGUCAUGGGGAUCGUCUUCGCCUGGAUCGGUUUUCGCCUUUACCAGCUUCCCGUGAUGCGCGGUGCAGGCUGGUCUUGGGGGGCAAGGGGCAGUAGCCAUGCUUUCUUCCGAAGCGUGGGACUGCCGAGCCAUGUCUGCGCAGAUAACUGGGCAACCGCAAAAUAUGCACCGCCAGUGAGAGCAGAGACCAGCAGGGAUCAAGAUAUUGACCUCGAGAGUGGCCGUAAAGCAGCAAGGGAGUAG